UGUCGCUUUGAAAUAGUUUGGUUUCUCGUAUUUUCUGGACUAUAAGGCGCACUUAAAAUCCUUUCAUUUUCUCAAAACUUGACAGUGCGCCUUAUAAACCCGGUGCACCUAAUGUACGGAAUAAAUUUGGUUGUGCUUACCGACCUCGAAGCUAAGAGUCCCUGUCGUCUGUAAAACAAAGGCGAACAUCACCCCCCGUUUCCCGAAUUCAAAGGUCUCAAGGUUUCAAGUAUGGCCCCCAGACACAUUUUUUUCUCUAAAUUUGCCCCGCUGAGGCAAAAUAAUUACCCAGGCCUGGUCUAAUGUGUGUUUUUUUUGUGUGUGUGAUUUCAGUUCCUCCAGCCACGUCGCCGCCAUGGUGGCGGUCUUCCUCAACCUGUCGGUGCUUUUCAUCGCGCAGCGCCCUGUCAACGACACGCCGUCGGAGAAGACGGUGUACGAGGGCUGCAGGGACAUGCCGGCCGUCCUCAUCUGGUACCUGGGCCUGCAGUUCAUCAACAUGUUCCUGGGCAUACCGGCCAACAUCAUGGUGCUGUGGCUCAUCCACAAGAACAAGGGCGACUCGUCCACGUCGGACAUCUUCAUCAUGCACCUGGCCGUGCUGGACGUCCUCUUCUGCCUCAUCCCUCCCUUGGAGCUGGCCAACAUCAUCUUCCUCACCACCAGCAGCACCUGGUACGUGCUGCGCUUCUUCUACGGCAUGAAGGACUCCUCGCCGCUCUUCCUCUCCUGCAUCUGCCUGGACCGCUACGUGGCCGUGGCGCACCCCAUCACCUUCACCCGGCUGAAGGACCGCCAGCACCGGGCGGCCCUCGCCGUGCUGGUGUGGCUGGUCACGCUGGCGUACGCCGCCGCCAAGUGCGUGGGCAACAUCGUCAACUUCGAGAAGGUCUUCACGGCCAUGAUCCUCGCCGCCUUCGCCCUCAUGGUGUUCUGUAACAUCGCCAUCCUGUGGCUGCUGCAGCAGUCCGGGCCCGGCCGGGACGAGAUGCACCCGGUGAAGAAGAGGGCCUUCAAGAUGGUGCUCAUCAUCUUAGCCAUCAUCGUGUUCAACUACUUCCCGCCCGUGGCGCUGUUCCCCUUCCAGCACUACUUCUCGCCCGACGUUUUCCGCUGCUACGUCCACUACGUCGCUUUCGGCCUGAUGGACUUCAGCAGCAGCAUCCAGCCCAUGCUCUACCUGUCCAAGGAGAAGGUGUCCUGUCCCAGAUGUUGCCAGGCCAACUCCACACGCCUUCAAUAGCUUCUCCAAUGUCUUCAUUUCUGUUGUAACGAAGCGUUUUAUUUUUAAUAUUUGAAGACACAACCUAAUGAAAUCCAUUACAAGACAUGUACAAAACCAGUGAAGUUGGCACGUUGUGUAAAUCGUAAAUAAAAACAGAAUACAAUGAUUUGCAAAUCCUUUUUCAUUUAUAUUCAAUUAAAUAUACUGCAAGAUAUUUAAUGUUCAGACUGAGAAACUUAAUUCUUUUUUGCAAAUAAUCAUUAAUUUAGAAUUUAAUGGCAGCAACACAUUGCAAAAAAUUGGCACUGGGGCAUUUUUACCACUGUGUUACAUGGCCUUUCCUUUUAACAACCCUCAGUAAAUGUUUGGUACUGAGGAGACCAAUUUUUGAAGCUUUUAAGGUGGAAUUAAGUGCCCAAGACGAGACUUAAAACCAGGGGAGACAGGGCCUUCUCUGUGGUCACACUCUGCCCCUCCAUGUUCGAACUGCUCCCACAGUGGAGUGUUUUAAGUCUCGUCUUGAGACCCACUUUUAUUCUUUGGCUUUUAACACUACGUGAGUUGUGUGGUCCUCUGUUGUCCUCUGUGUUUUAAAAUUUUGAUUUCUAUUUACUGUUUUAAUUGGUUGUACCCUUUAAAAUUGUUUUGAAUCAUAUUUAUUUUAUAUUGUUUUUAAUUGUGUUUAAUAUUGUUGUGCAGCACUUUGGAAACAUUUUGUUGUUUAAAUGUGCUAUAUAAAUAAAGUGGAUUGGAUUGGAAUUCUUUCCCAUUCUUGCUUGAUGUACAGCUUAAGUUGUUCAACAGUCUCCGAUAUUUUAGGCUUCAUAAUGCGCCACACAUUUUCAAUGUC